ACAAGCGACGUGCUACGUACUGACGUGGUGAAUGGUGAUGUGGGGGAACCUUCCAACUGAUAAUGACGUCUGGCGGUACGAGUGGAAUUUUCUGAAUUCUAAAUGUUAGGAGUUAUGACAUGGCUUGAAACUAUAUGGUUAGAUAAAAUUAUGUAAGUUAUAAGAGGACACAUUUCAGGUAUAGAAAAAAAAUACCUCCAAUUUUUAUGUUCACAAUUGUCGUCGUUAUUCAUCAAGGUUAGAAGUGUUCAUGAGUAUUUCUAUCAAAAAUGAUUUCCAAGACACUUUUAGUUACUUUUCCUAUUCUUGUAGUCUUGUGUCAUAAAUCAUCGGCACAAUACGCGCCAGCACCGCCUGGUGUAAAUCCACAAUUGUAUCAACAACAGCAGCAGCAAGUACCUAUUCAACAUUUACCUCCACAACAAAAUGUUCCUCAACAAGUACCUUACCAACAACCGCCACCACAAACUCAGCAGCAGCAACACCACCAACAACAACAACCACCAACACAACAACAACAACCAAGUCAUGGCCAUGGUUCCCAAGGACAUCAUCCCCAUACACAACAAGUGUUACAUAAUUCAAACUUAGCAGAAGAAAGCGAGCAUAUAAAAAAACAUUUGGAUCUACCAACAUUAGACACAAGCAAAAUGUCUGAACAAGAAUUACAAUUUCAUUAUUUUAAAAUGCAUGAUGCAGAUAACAAUAAUAAAUUAGAUGGAUGUGAACUUAUCAAAUCACUUAUACAUUGGCAUGUUCAAGGUGGUCAUGAUCCUGCAGCUGGGGGGGCACCUCCCCAAGAAAAAAUAUUUACAGAUGAAGAAUUGAUGCAGUUAAUUGAUCCUAUAUUAACCAUGGAUGAUACAGAUUUUGAUGGUUUUAUAGAUUAUCCAGAAUUUGUUAUUGCUCAAAAUAAAGCAGGCAGUACUCAGAAACAAUCAGCAUAAGAAAAUAAACAUUAUAUAUAUAAAUUAAA